ACCUCCAAAACUCGAAUCUUUCGUCAAACCCUAUCACUAAAACAGAAAACAUUGUAUAUCCAAUCAAUACUAACAUUAACGAUAAAAGGAAAAACGAGUUCUCUACAUUUCUUACAUUCUACUUGAACAAAUUAAAAUAUGUGAAUGAAUUCAGUUGAGGAGAGAACACACAUACAUAUUAGCUGUCUGUGUUUGUGGGUUUUGGAGAAAGCCCCCCGACCCCCAUCUACAUCAACAUCUACAUCUACUACCACCUCAAUUAUAUCCCUUCUUUUGUCCCUUUUUCAUAUAAUUUGUUUUUAAAUCUACUACUUUUUGAUAUCAUUAUCCACCUUCUUCAUGUUACUUUGGUUGCCAAGAAUUAGAAGAGAGAGUAAUCUCAGAUGAUGAUGUUAAUGAUGAUGAGCUGUUGAUCAUUUUUAUUACUCUAAUAAUAUCUGCAAAGGCAGCGAUGAAAUUGUGACGCUUUGGCUUUACUUCUCAGCAGAAACGUUGGCUUUUCAGGGAUGAUAAAGGUGGAAGAUUGAGAGGAAAGGAAAGUUCAAAUUCCAAGAUUAUUCUGUCCCAGCCGAGAAGGUUGAAUCACCGAGAUUGAUAUGGCGACUCCUGUGGAGCCUCCAAAUGGAUUUAGGCCUAUAGGAAAGCAUUACUAUACAAUGUGGCAUACAUUGUUUGAAAUAGACACCAAAUAUAUGCCGAUCAAGCCGAUAGGCAGAGGAGCGUACGGGGUGGUCUGUUCGUCCAUCAAUAGGGACACAAAUGAAAGAGUUGCCAUCAAGAAGAUCAAUAAUGUGUUUGGAAACCGGAUUGAUGCUCUGAGGACUCUAAGAGAACUCAUGUUGUUGCGUUGCAUAAAGCACGAAAAUGUGAUUGCUCUUAAGGAUGUUAUGAUGCCGACUAAUUGGAGGGGUUUUAAAGAUGUUUAUAUGGUCUACGAGUUGAUGGAUACCGAUCUUCAUCAGAUUAUUAAGUCCUCACAGCCUCUGUCAAAUGACCACUGUAAAUACUUUAUUUUCCAGCUUCUCAGGGGAUUGAAAUAUCUACAUUCUGCAAACAUUCUUCACCGGGACUUGAAGCCCGGAAAUCUCCUCGUCAACGCUAAUUGUCAGCUGAAGAUUUGUGAUUUCGGGCUGGCACGAACCAGCAGAGACAACGGACAGUUCAUGACUGAAUAUGUAGUCACGAGAUGGUAUCGUGCACCGGAGCUGCUUCUUUCCUGCGACAAUUAUGGAACCUCCAUUGAUAUCUGGGCUGUAGGAUGCAUCUUAGCAGAAAUUCUCGGCCGUAAACCAAUCUUUCCAGGAACUGAUUGCCUCAGUCAACUCAAGCUUAUUAUCAGUGUCCUUGGUAGCCAACCUGAAGCAGAGCUCAGGUUUAUAGAUAAUGCAAAAGCCAAAAGGUUCAUCUUGUCACUUGGCCGUUCCAGAGGAGCUCAUUUUUCUUCCUUGUAUCCGCACGCAGACCCUCUGGCGAUAGAUUUGUUGGAUCGGAUGCUUGUAUUUGACCCAUCCAAAAGAAUCAGUGUUACAGAGGCUCUCUGUCACCCCUAUAUCUCAAGUUUGUAUGAUCCGAGUAGCAAUCCUCCAGCUCCGUACCGUAUCAAUGUGGAUAUAGAUGAGAAUAUGGGAGAACCAGUUAUUAGGGAGAUGAUGUUGAGGGAGAUCCUCUAUUACCAUCCUGAAGCUGCUUAUGCUUACAACAAUCUGAUAUAUUGAUGUUCAGUCCACAGAAUUCCUAAUAUAUUUCUUCACGAAAAUAGUUAAAGAUGGAGGAUAUGAUAAGGAACAGAAUCAUAUCCAAUGAGCUGAGCACAAAAAUGUUAUCUAUUUCAGGUUUUUGUGAAGUAGAGAUGCAAACACGCAUGAGAACUUUGAUGGUCAUUGAGUAUUAUUGGCGUAUUGCAAUGAGACGGAGCUUCUUCAUGACAUGUGACA